AUGGACCCUGAUAGAUUCCGUCAGGCAUUGCGGGACCUUGCUCCCCCUGGCGACUCAUUGAUUGAGCUUGUUGAGGGCUGGAAUAUCCAGCUCCUAGCAGCCAUCGAUGAGAUCGCACCUAGGCGCCCUCUGCGACCCCGCAGAAACCGGGCUCCCUGGUUUACCGAGGAGCUUCGGAAAAUGAAGCGGGACCUCAGACGGCUAGAGCGAGUAUGGCGGGGUGCCCGUGAUGGAGCCUCAAGAACAUCUUAUAGGGUUUUUAUGAAAACCUACGAGAUGGCAGUGAAGGCCGCUAAGAAGUCCUACUUCUUGGCCUCCAUUGCCUCCACUAGCUCUCGCCCGCGCAAUUAUUUAGUAUAAUUAGGUCUUUAACGUCCCUUGAAGGACAGCCAAAUUUAAAUAACAAUUUGACACACAGCUGUGAGGCAUUUGCGAGCAUUUUUGCGGAGAAGGUCCUGUUGCUCCGCCAUGACCUCCCUGCCAAUUUGGAUACAAUAAAGGAACUGGGGGCCCCUCGACUGUCCUCGGGUCCAGUAUUGGACCACUUUGACCGGAUAUCCCCAGCCGAUGUGGAAAGACUCCUCCGAGCUGGAAAGCCCACCACCUGUCCUCUUGACCCGUGCCUGUCUUGGCUGAUUAGAGCGUGUCCAGACAAUGUGCGGGGCCCCCUAGGUGAUAUUAUCAAUUUGUCCCUUGGCACCGGGAUAUUCCCAGGGGAACUGAAGGAGGCAGUGGUGCGUCUGCUCUUAAAGAAAACAUCAUUAGAUCCCUUAGAUCUAUCCAAUUACCGCCCGGUUUCGAAUCUUCCAUUCCUGGGUAAGGUGAUUGAGAGAGCGGUUGCUGAACAGCUUGGUAGGUUUCUGGAUGAAACAUCGGCUCUUGAUCCAUUCCAGUCCGGCUUCCGCGCUGGUCAUGGGACCGAGACGGCUCUGGUCGCCCUAACAGAUGAUCUCCGCAGGCAGCUGGAUCGAGGCGGGUCGGGGCUGCUGAUUCUUCUAGACCUGUCAGCAGCCUUCGACAUGGUCAAUCACGAACUCCUGGACCACCGCCUUGCCGACGUGGGGAUCCAGGGCACAGUCCUUCAAUGGCUGCGCUCGUUUCUCUCUGGUCGGGGACAGAGGGUGGCGCUUGGGGGGGAAUUGUCAUCGCGCCACUCCUUGGUGUGUGGAGUGCCUCAGGGUGCGAUUCUCUCCCUGAUGCUUUUUAACAUCUUUAUGCGCCCCCUCGCCCAGCUUGUCCAGAGUUUUGGGCUGGGUUGCCAUCAGUAUGCCGAUGACACCCAACUCUAUCUGUUGAUGGGUGGCCAUCCAGACUCGGCCCCAGACACACUGACCAGAUGUCUGGAAGCUGUGGCUGGAUGGUUACAUGGGAGCCGGUUGAAGUUAAAUCCUUCGAAGACAGAGGUCCUCUGGCUGGGACGGGGCGAUAUGGGAUUGAGGGGGCAACUCCCAUCUCUUGGGGUGCAAUUAGUGCCAGCAUCGUCCGUUAAGAGUUUGGGUGUAAUCUUUGAUACCUCCCUUUCUAUGGAGGCGCAGAUUACAGCUAUAACAAAGGCGGCAUUUUUUCAUCUCCACCAAGCUAAGCAGUUGGCUCCUUAUCUCUCUUGCCCUGACCUAGCCACUGUGAUCCACGCGACGGUCACCUCCAGACUGGAUUAUUGUAACUCGCUCUACGUGGAGCUGCCCUUGAGACUGACCCAGAAACUCCAGCGGGUGCAGAAUGCCGCGGCGAGACUCCUUAUGGGGUCUUCGCUGCAAGAUCAUAUUCAUCCGGUACUAUACCAGCUGCACUGGCUCCCGGUGGAGUACAGGAUCAGGUUUAAGGUGCUGGUUUUAACCUUUAAAGCCCUAUACGGCCUAGGACCCUCGUACCUACGGGAUCGCCUCUCCUGGUAUGUCCCACAAAGAAAUUUACGGUCUGCAAAUAAAAACAUCCUGAAGAUCCCAGGCCACAGAGAGGUUAGGCUGGCCUCAACUAGAGCCAGGGCUUUCUCGGCCGCGGCUCCAAUCUGGUGGAACGCUCUGUCACAAGAGACUAGGGCCCUGCGGGACCUGACAUCUUUCCGCAGGGCCUGCAAGACAGAGCUGUUCCACCAGGCCUUUGGUCAGGGCGCAGCCUGACCCCUCCUCUGGCAAUCUGCACAGAAUUUUGCUUAAUGGUUGCCAUCAAUUUGAUUUUAAUUAAUUUUAUAAUGAAUGUUUUUAGAAUGUUGGAUUAUUUUGAUUGUUGUUAGCCGCCCUGAGCCCAGCUUCGGCUGGGGAGGGCAGGAUAUAAAUAAAAUUUAUUAUUAUUAUUAUUAUUAUUAUUAUUAUUAUUAUCAUCCCUAUUUUCACUGGAGAAAUGGGGCACAGUCUUUCCGAUACCCUGAUUUCAAGUUGUUCAGGACAUUAUAUAGAGAUCAAGACCUUGAAUAUGGUCAGUAGGGGAGGGUGCAGUCCGCAAAUUUGGAAUUUUUUUAGAAUGUAUCAUGGGUAGCCGGCACAAAAUGGCUGCCAUGGGAUGUGUGAGGCAUACAACACAAAAAGUGCAGAAACAAAGGCAAGGCCACAAAAUCUUGUUGGCAUUCCACUCAGUAGCCACUCCCAUUAAUGUGGAAGGGGGAAAGCAUCUAUAUCAGCCACCACAACGCUUGCUUAGAGAGGGAGAAACAUUGUGUACCUCUCCUAUGUUCAGAAUGCAUCGUGGGUCUUAAAUCCUGGCAUCUUCUGUGCCCAUUCUUAAGUGACUGCUGGAAACCAUUAUAUUCUGUCAGGCCUAUUCAGGCAGUUAAGAGUACAACCCUCACAAUGGGUUACCAAUCUUUGUUUUUAGCUUCGCUGUUUUAAAACCUGUUUUUAACACUUAUUGCUUUUAUCGUCUGGUUUCAUCUUAUUUUUACUGUUGUAAAGUGCUUUGAUACAUUUUGGCGAUACAGCAGUAUAUAUUUUAUAAAUAAAUAAUAAAUAAAUAAAUGUGGCCAUUGAGGAGAGGCUGCAUGUGCACUAACAGGAACUGAUCACGAAGAAUGUAUUAUACUGCUUUUAUCUUAUAUUCAAUCUGUCAGAUCCUAUUUUCAGUGUGAAACCUUGAGUUUCCACCCUCACUACUGAUAUUAUCGCCGCAAGUUUUGUUGUGUGUGUAUGUAUGCGUGUAAUCCACUCAUUGUGUUUGUGUUGCCCUCUUUCAGAUCCACUGUUCUGUCAGGUGUCGUUACAUUCAAAUGGUUAGCACCUCCACUUCUUAUGUGCCGCACGCUAAGGAUUAGUUUGCAUUUUUUUUAAAUUCUUCUCCUCUUCUGGGUCUUUGGCAAUAGCAUCGACGAUUAUUUGUAUUUGCUAAUAAUAUUAUUUUGAACCUAUAUCUAAAUUAGAAGGUGCCUCUCCACCACACAUGUAGAACCUGUUGCUAAGCAACGAAACCCCAUUAUCUAGGGAAUAAUAUUAUACUGUAUUGAACACCGACACAAAUGGUGAAUGGUCUCAGAGGAAUGGUUUCUCAGUCACAAUUCUGUUGCCAGACUACCACUCCAUUACAGAUGGUGGAGGAGAAUUAAAAGACUAGCAUUUCUAGUUUAAUAGCUUAUAGCUCUGUCAUCCCGAAAACACACAUUUCAGUUAUAUCAAGUCCAAAUCACCAGAGUACAUUAACCAAUUAAAUAUUAAGAAGCCUACAGGAUACAGGAUGAUGAAUGCUGUCUGUUGUACGCAAUGCUUACCAUUCCAGUCUUCUUCAGGUGUGCAUUGAAGGGUGAUGAUGAGGACCAGAGCCAAACUUCAGGGGCCUCUUAGCAUAGGGGUGCCCUAGUGCAGGUUUAAGGAACCUUUGCUCCUGCAGAGGUUGCUGAACUACACUCCCAUCAUAUCUGCCAUGCUUCCUAGGGCUGAUGGGAGCUGUUGUCCAGCAACAACUGGAGGGCCAAAGUUGCCCAAGUUCUGCCAUUGUAGAUGUGACCUGGCUCCUCAAGUAAGCACUGCACUUUAAACCUAUCUCCCUGGGAACCUUGAGCUUAGUGAAGGCAAGACAGUUCCCACCAACUACACCUAAGAUGCUCACUCAGGUAUUAUUAUUAUUAUUAUUAUUAUUAUUAUUAGGACGCGGGUGGCACUGUGGUCUAAACCACUGAGCCUCUUGGGCUUGCUGAUCAGAAAGUCGGCAGGUUUGAAUCUCCACUACGGAGUGAGCUCCCGUUGCUCUGUCCCAGCUCCUGCCAACCUAGCAGUUUGAAAGCACACCAGCAUGAGUGGAUAAAUAGGUUCCACUGCAGCGGGAAGGUAAAUGGUGUUUCUGUGUGCUCUGGUUUCCAUAACAAUGUUUCGUUGCACCAGAAGUGGUUUAGUCCUGCUGGCCACAUGACCUGGAAAGCUGUCUGUGGACAAACGCUGGCUCCCUCAGCCUGAAAGUGAGAUGAGCACCGCAACCCCAUAGUUGCCUUUGUCUGGACAGGGGUCCUUUACCUAUUAUUAUUAUUAUUAUUAUUAUUAGGCACUCUCUCAGCCUGCUUCUUGCCUUUACAUACUUCUGAGAACCCCAAAAAGAACAUUUGAAGUCAAAAUGGAAGCUGGCCAGCAUGUGCAAGUCUAUGACUCCCAGCUGUGAUUGGUCAAGCUAUGGGGUAGGGCCAAUUUGUCUUUCCUUUUCUUCAAUCCAUAUCCCAUGUAGCGGUGGUGGGCUUUAAGCUUUCCAGUCAGGCCUCUACCAUUACACAAACACACAUUUCUGCAAGUGCCCUUCAAAGCUGCCCCAGUCAUCUGCUGGAAUCUUAGAAAAUGAGGCGUGCGGGGGCACAUUUAUUUGGCCUGCACCAGAACCAGGAGCAAGCUAGCUAAGCAAACUUGCCCUAGUUUUUAGCACCUCUGCUAAACAUGGCUGUUGUCAACCCGGCAUCUGUUCAGGGCUGCCCCAAGUCACCCGAUGACUUACUAUAACAACUUCAUGGUGAGUUCCAGCACCUACUUUUCUUGAAAAAAAGCACGAUGGUGAUGAUGAUGAUGAUGAUCACACACCCUUCACCAUAAGGUCCGGAAGGUGGGGGAUACAACAUAAAUGCAACAUUGAGAACAAUGUAAAACAUCCAAGGAAUGGUAAUAUUUACCAAAAGAAAACUGAAUAAAAAAUAUGGGGUUAUCCUACUGUAUUUACACAAAUCUAGUGUACCAUCUAAUCUAAUGCACAUCUCAAUUUUCAAAACCUUGAAACCAAAAAUAUGCAUUUGCUGGCAAAUGUGAAUGCAUUAUGAAAUCUAACGCGCACGCUAAUUUUUGCAAUGUAAUUUGGCCAAAAAAGGUGUGCAUUAUAUUCGAGUAAAUACGGUAUAUGUUCUGAAUCAGUGACCCAGUUUGUUUGCACACCAGGAUAGUUCUCUAAUUUGUAUUGUGGAAGAACAGGUUGCUCUCUACAUCCAAUGCACACAAGCCCACCCUCUGUUGUGUUUCUACCUGCUGCCCAGGGACUAAAUAAACAGUUUCUAAAAUUCAGCCAUUCUGACUAAAAUACCCCCUUGUUAUAGGAUUCGUGUGUAACUUUUACUAUUCACUUCCUAGCAACAUGGUUCUUUUUAUUAUCUCAAAUUCUAAUUUCUUCGUUUGGAUACCAGAGCAUUUGCUUUGUGUUGCAACUGUGAUUUUGAUAGAAGGUGACAUUUACCAAGUCUGAUGGAGUCACUGAAGGGACACAUUCUUUAAGUAAACAUCUUUUUUUUCCCUCUCCUCCCCUCAUUCUUUUGCAGCCUGCACUGAUGUACCCCAAUCGGAUACAAGUUCAGGGUGGAGUGGCUUCAGCAUGAAAACCUCCUACAGCUACAUCAAAAUUUCAAAUAUACUGACACCAUACCUUUAAACUUUCUUAUUUCUAAUGGAUGAUCAUGUACGCUGCCCUCCAGCAAGCAAUGUACUGAAUUCAGGGUGUAUUACUUACAGCACUAAAACAUUACUAGAUACCUGGAAGGCUUCCUAUCUUAGUGUGUUUUCCACUCUCCAGUCAGGUCAUUAUAAUGCUGAGUAAUAUAACCUCCUCUUCCCCCUUUUGGGGAUGCUGUGAAAUACUCUGGCAAUUUAAAUGUGGAUUAAUUAACAGGCAAAAAUCAGAUUUGCAUCUGUGCGUGUUUCUUUGUAAAAAUAAUGUGGUUUUUUUUCUAAUAGAAAAUACAUUGGGCACUACCCAACUAGCUCACUCCAUCAGUGCAAGGAUUUAUAUGGAACUCCCAAUCUCCACUCCUUUUCUCAUUGUAGAUGUCCCACACCCUCCCCAAACUUUCUCCAAAGUUUUGGAGGAACUUGUAUAAUCGUUUACUUCACAAUGAAAUGGAGAAUGGUUAAAUGUGUAUUGCUAACUUUGGGGGUUUCCCAUGGCAACAUGCCGAGAGCUCUCUAAGCUCUGACUAGUUGAUAAUUAACUGUUAUCCUUCUCUGCUAGCUCUGAUGAAUGUUUAACUUUAGAUCACAUGAGAGGCCAUUGAAUUGCAGAUUCGCCAUCUUGGAAGGGUGGCGGGUAUAAUCUUUGUUCUCAGACAUCAGUGGAAGUAAGAUGCCUCUCUAAGGAGCUGCAUGGCCUUGGGGCUGAAAUGCGGGCUAAUGGAGCCUGUAAGAAGGGGGAAUAUGUUUGCCAGCUCUGAUUUUAUUUAAUUUAUUGUAAGAUGCUGAGCCUGUCCUGGAAAUGCACAAGAUAUUAUACAGCUGUUUGGAUGUAUCAUCUACAGUUUUUUGUUUUGUUUUGAAGAAUGUUCUGCAAGUGAAGUUUUGAAUCAAUCUAAUAGGUCUGCUUUAUUCCAAAAGGAGUCAGUUUUUAUGCAUCCACUUGCAUGCACAAUGGAAAGUUCAACUCUGCAAACAUAAAUCCAUACAUUGUUGGAAAUGAGUUGAAUGCUGCCUAUUCUUGAUAUCACCAAUUAUACAUACACAGGGCUGCCAUACAUCCAGUGAAUCCAGGCUAUCGCCAGGAUUUUGAUCCCUAAAAUGGCGCCCAGGUGGAAUUUCUUAUGUCCAUUCUAAAUGUCCAGGAAAGCCCAGACAUAUGGCAACCCAUGCCAUAAAUGGUUUUUCUUUGGGGGGGGGUUUGCUGAUCUUCUUAAAAGUAGCCAAAAAAUAUGGUAACCUUAUACAUACAUAUGUAUAAAAACAAAGAUAUUAUACAGAUUAAUGCUUUCUUGAAAUUUGUUGAUCCAAAGGAAGAUAAAGUCUCCCCAUUUGAUUGGUGUUUCUGUCAGUUUGGUCAACGUUAUAAUAGUCUAACUCCUGUUAACCAGUCUAUAAUUAUUGUUGCCCUGCGCUCGCCCUGCCAGCCAGCCAAUUUUUAGCAAUAGAACUUUUGUAUUUAGCAAUACAAAUUUUGCUGCUACUUGCUAAUUUCCAAGUCUGCUUCUAACAUUGUGGUUUUAAGAUUCUCCAACAUAGUGGUAUUUGGAUCUAAGGAUAAUGAACAUCCUGGUAUUUCCUAUUACUUAUUGUAAUCUAGACGGCCUGAAUAAUUGGGCACAGUAUGUAUAAUCUAUUUGCUGAGGGUGAUUGAAUGCCUAAUGUCUUCAAUCAAAGCACAUAUUUGAUUGAAAAAAAGGGGGGAGUUCCACUUUUAACAUUAAAAUUUACUCUCUUGCCCAUUCAGUUGAACCCCACAGCAUGCAUCUCUUAGGUGAAGUACAAAUCCAAGGGAAAAUGUUAGGAAGACUAUGUUUUAUGUUCUUGGUAGUUCUCAAAUACCAAUAAAAUUAAAAUCUGAAGGUAAAUACGUUUACAGUAUAAUCCAAACACUUAAUUAAUGUGGGAUUUGGGAUUUUUUUUAUCCUUUCAAUACUCUUUCUUUCUUUCUUUCUUUCUUUCUUUCUUCCCAUCUACACACACACACACACCAUUAAAAUUACCACUCACUGAAAACUUUUUAACAUGCUGAAUAGAUAAAAAGCAACAUUAAAACAAAACAAACAAAAACAGCUGAAAUCAUAGCUACACGUUAUGAAAUGGUGUGCAAAAUACCAUAUUUAAAUAACAUAUAUACAUAAUUUUAUUUGUAUAUAUUUGAACCUUUCCAUAGUUCAAACCAUGCUGCUCAUGGCAGCUUACAACAUGAACAAAAUACAUGAAUACAAAACAUACAUACAUGAAAAAACACAUAAUUACAACAUACCAAAUGCCAUCAUAAACAAUAAGUAAAACAUCCAAAAAUAGACAACCAUACGAACAAUGUCCACAUAAAUCCUAAGAAGAUCUAAAGUAAAGAUGCAAAAAAUAAUAUAAAUAAAAGCAACACACACACACCCCAAACCCCUUAAACAACCCCCCAGUCCAAGAGUCUGUUUAGCAGCCUCAGCUUUUGUAGCUGGAGUCAGUCAGGGCCCUGCCCUCCCAAGGCCAGGUGGAAGAAGUUCAGCUGAUCUUCUAGGAUUCACAGCCAAGAUGGUCUCUUGCCUCUUCAACAGCCUCGGUUUUUGCAGAGAGGGGAGAAAACAAGAGCAAUGGGUAUUGUUUUCUCUAUAAAACACAAAUUUGACCAUAAAGGACAAUGUUUAACAUUUCUGCCAUUGAAAUCAAUGGGGCCACUUUUAGUGGAUCGUUCCCUAUAAUUACCAAUUUGCAGGUCACCUCUAACAUCAGUCUGAUGACACACAUUGUGAUUAGAUCACACAUAAAGAGCUGUGGCCGUCGUUUAAGAGUUUUAUGACACAGUUAUUUUGAUUACAUUGUAAAUGAGAUUAAAACAGACCCGGCAGGUGAAUUUGUUAAAAGUUUCUUUAAAAUCUUUGUAUAAUUAAUUCUGAAUAUAGAUGAGAUGAAGAACUGGUUCCCAUUUGCUGCAUAUCACUUUAUUUAGUCAGCGUUUGAUGACUAGCAAACUGAGAUCUGCAAAAUACAGUGUUGGAGGAAGCAUUAAACAAUAUCAAGCGGUUACCUUACCACAUUGACCAUAGCAUUGACAAAUCUGUGGAAAGGACACAGGACUCAUUCACGCAUAUGCAUGUCCAAACUUGGUUGCGUAGAAGUUAUCCCUGGGAGAAACCACACAAUCCUGGCUGUGAGGAUAGAUCAGCAGUUCUACAGCCUCUUGUACCUGCUCUGUCCCUGCGUACAAAUAAUGCAGUGGUUUUCAACCUUUCUGAAUCUACAGCUCCAUUGCAAGGGCAGAAACUUUAGCCAAAUGCUUGGGUGAUCAACCACACUCUUACGGAUUAUAUAUCCCAUUUGAUCUCUACAAUCAUUCUGUCAGAUAGGUUAGGGAGACCAAAUGUCACCCAUCAAGUGUGUUGGCUGAGCAGGAAGUUCACUCCAAGUCCAACACAUCAUACUCUGUCUCAGUGGCUGGCAAGUGAAAUGUACAAACUUAUUCCACUUGGGGUCUCUUGAAUAUUCCACCUGUAGUUUUGUAUCUGUGAGAGUCCAUUCACAACACUGGUCCAGUGCUUAGAAAUUAGCACCGUCCACAGAACCAGUGCUUAGAAACACAACCAUGUUGUUGAAUGUAAUCUCUCUCUCUCUCUCUCUCUUAAAGGAAAUGGAAAUGGGCAAUAAGAGCCCCUGUGGACUUAUGGGGACAGCUGGUAUGGCAGCACUUUACAUCCU